AUGAUAAACAAAAUAAAAUCAUCAACUAUUGUUGAACAUGGUCAAGAAAAAAUGAAAAUAGCUUGUCUUUUUUUAAAAAAAUUUCUUCAUGAUUGGUCAUUAAAUUUUGCAGCAAUGCUAGCAUUUGAUUUAUUAAUAUCUCUUCUUCCUAUGGCUGUAGCAUUUUUUGGAAUACUAGGUAUAGUUUUAAGAAAUAAUCCUUAUGCACAACAAGAAAUUAAAGAUAAAAUUAUUAAUUCAUUUUCUAUCGAGAAUACCACAAAUAGUGGUAUCAAACAAAUAGUUGAUAUAGCUUUUAAUCAAUUAUCAGAAGAAGCUGGUGUAAUUUUCUUUAUUGGUCUUAUUUUUGCAUUGUUUGGUUCAUCUCGAUUGUUUGUUGCUAUUCAAAAAUGUAUGACUAUUAUAUAUAGAGUACCUCAACGAACAUUUCUUGAUGCAAAUGUGUUAGCGUUUGGAGCAGUUUUUGUUUUCAUUAUUAUUGUUCCAGUAAUGCUUGCAUUUAGUUCAGCUCCAUCUGUAUUAAUAAGUACAAUACCCGGUGGUAGUAGUCGUUUUGGAGUGUUUGCUGCUGGAAUUAUAUUUUCAUUACUUUGCGCAUUUAUUUUCCUUGAACUUAUAUAUUUAUAUAUGCCAAAUAAAAAAAUGUCAUUUAAAGUUACAUGGUGUGGAGCAUUAAUUGCUGCUUGCAUACUUGAAGUGUUUAUAAUUUUAUUUCCACUUUAUGUACGAACAUUUAUGGGAAAUUAUACCGGUCAAAUUGGUUUUGCUGUGAUUCUUCUUCUAUUUUUUUAUUAUUUUGCUAUAAUAAUCAUAUUGGGUGCUCAAAUAAAUGCUUUCUUUUUUGACAAUUAUCAACCAUUACUUGAUGGAUUAGGAACAUAUUUAAGUGAAAUGCAUGAAGAAUAUGGUGUUGAUCAUCCAAGAAGACCAUUAUGCGAAGAAAAUGUUGAAACAAGAUCAUACACCAGUUGA